AGGAAGGCAGUUUCACAGCGUGAGCAGAUGCCACAUUGUCGCUCAGGGAGACGCACCUGGAGACUCAUACAGGAACACACACCUGGAGACUCAUUACACACACACACCUGGAGAGUCAUACACACACAUACGUGUGCUUGAGAAGGAUAGAGGAGUUUGGGACUGCAUUCUGCUAUCCCCCUGGAACUCUACAGAAUGAACUUCGCUGCCCAGUUCUUCUACUACACUUUCCAGAGCGAUGGGACCCCCUGGAAGGCCAGCUUCAGCGACAGUGAAGAAUGCGACCCCUUCUGGCAAAGUGUGGAGGAGCGAAUAGGAGGCCAAAGGAAGAACAGUGCCCCGCUGGAUGGGCGGGGCCAUCAGGAUGGAUCUGUCAUGAAUGGCUGCCUGGCCCGCAGGACCACGCCCAUCCACCCGGAGCGGCUGAAGGACUUUGGGGAGGAGGAGUAUCUAAACGGGGAUGUGCGGACUCGGGAGAACAAGGUAGUGGAUCAGCUUGCGCCCCAGCUGAAGUCAACGCCCAAACCUGCCAAAAAGCGGGACAGCGAGAUCAAGGCCCCACCAAAACCCAAGACCCCACCCAAGACACCGCCUAAGACCCCGCCCAAGGCCCCGCCCGAGGCCCCGCCCGUGCACCUGCGCUUCGAGGAUAUCAGUGCAGCCGCCUUCAAAAUCCAGUCAGGGCUACAGAAGACCCCCUGCACGUAUUCCCGCCUGUCCAAGCAGUACGGCAUGGAGAUCUUCCUGAAAAAGGAACACCUGCACUACACAGGGUCUGUGAAGGAGAGAGGGGUGCUGUACCUCCUCACCUCCCUCAGACAGGAGCAGCAGAGGAAGGGGGUGAUCGUGGCGACAGACAGUAACUUCUCCAUGGCGGUGUCGCACCACGCUGCCGACCUGCGCAUCCCUGUCUUCGUCAUCAUGCCGGCCGGCAGCUCCCCGGCGCGGCUGCGCAUAUACCGCGACUACGGCGCCAUGGUGAUCUCCUACGGCAGCACGCCGCAGCACUCCCAGAACCACGCCCGACACCUGGCCAAGGAGAACGACUACCUGUACCUGGAGGAAGAUGACAGUGCAGUGUACAUGGCGGGGCUGGGUACGGUGGGGAUGGAGGUCUACGAGCAGGUGCCCAGGCUGGAUGCGGUCAUCCUGCCUGUGGGAGGGAACUGCAGCCUGCUGGCUGGUGCUGCGGCAGCCCUCAAGCACAUCAACCCCCGAAUCGCUGUCAUCGGAGUUGAGCUGGAAGAUUACCCUGUCCUUCUCCAGUCUCUUAAAAACGACUGUCCUGUCAAAGACCUCUACAGCUCCCCCAACAGGAAGCUCUAUGGAGACUUGGUGGAUCCUCCCCUGGGUGGACAUGCAUUUCAGCUGGCCAAGAAGCUGGUGGACAAAGUAGUCUCUGUGAGAGAGGAGGAGGCUCUGGUGGCCAUGCUUCGGUUCCAGGAGUACGAGAGGUCCACCGUAGACGCUGAAGGGGCCAUUGGACUGGCUGCCAUCUUAGCUGGGAAGCUGCCCGAGCUCAAAGGAAAGAGGGUCUCAGUGGUAGUGAGCAGUGCUAACAUGGAGCUAGGCGUUAUCAGGAAGUGUGUGGAGCGGGCCCUGGUUCUUGACGAGCAGGUUGUGCGGUUUACGGUGGAGCUUGGGGACUUGCCUGGUGACAUGGCCAAGCUGCUGGACAUUCUGGCCAGAGAGGACGUCAGGUUGCUCAGUGUGUGUCACCGGAGACACAGCGACAGAUCCAAUCUCUUUAAAGCUCAGGUGGAGUGCGUGGUCGAGAUGCGGGACAAAACACAGAGUUCCCAACUGCGAACCACACUCUCCGAGCGUUAUCCGUCCCUGUGCUGGCUGGAUCGAUGACCUCUGGGUGUUCAACACUGUGCACACAAACACACACAUAUACACAGAGCAUACAUACUGAACACACACACACUAAACAGACACAGAUACACUCACACACACUAAACAGACACACAUACACACACAUAUACACAAAGCAUACAUACAUAAACACACAUACACUCACAUACACGCACACACACACACACACACACACACACUAAACAGACACACAUACACACAUAUGCACAAAGCACACAUACUAAACACACAUACACUCUCACACACUAAACACACACACAUACACACACAGGCACACACACACACUAAACAGACAUACAUGUGCACACAUGGGCACACACACACUAAACGUCCAUACACAGAGAGCUUACAUACAAAACACACUCACACUAAACCAGUGAUAUUCAUUCCUGGUCCUGACAGGCCGCAGGGUCCGCUGAAUUUUUUUGUUACUCAGCACUUAAUUCAAUUUAGUGCAGUCAAUCAAUUAAAGCAGUCAAUUACAAUUAAUUCACCAGACCUGGUUUCUCGGAUCUGAAUUAGUUGCUGGUAUUAAGGUGAAAACCAAACCCACCAGGACCGCCAGGACCAGGAAUGAAGGUCACAGCACUAAACACACACACACACCCUCUCGUACACACACAAAUAGGCAUGUGCACAUGUGCAUAGAGCAGUCAAAUACUCUUAGGUAGAGACCAUAAUGCAGACAUUUGCAUUUACUCAGUAUACUUUUAUUUGGAACAGGAGAUUUUCUGUCAUAAAAAUAUUUUGUGGACAUUGUAAAAAAAUAUGUGAGACUAGGAUAGAGGGUGUAUCUUGGGGUUUCUUGUGGCAUAAUGCUGUUUUGCAAGUUACUGUAAAAUCUGGUAUGGGCCCACAUUUUUUUAUGUCAGGACUCAGGGACACAAUUUGAUGCAAACUACUGUGUUAAACACGCCACUUUACAGUGCCCCUGAAAUUGCAGAGGAAACACUCCAGAUUUUUACAGGAAUUAUUAUGUUAAAGCAUUGUACAUAAUUAUUGUUUGUAUGUGUGUGCUGGAAAGAAAAUAUAAAUAUAUUCUAGUUUGUAGAUUGUUAUCGGUAUUUUAUUUACCGAUUUGCCAUUUAAUAAGGAAAAUUACUGAAGAUAUUUGAAAAUUGAUUUCCAUGCAAAAAGGAUAUAGCCUACUAUAGGACAUCAGAACCUGUAACUUGCAGUGGGUGAUAGGACACCAAGAUGCCUACUUACAUUAUCCUGUUCAACUCAGUGGUAAAAGAAACAGGUACUGAAAUAGAAACAAGCCAGCCAAAGGUGGCCAUGGUCCAACUGGCUGAUCCUCUUACCUCCUUCAGAGGGUGAGAGAAAGAGAGGGAGAGUGAUGCAGAGAGAGAGAGAGAGCGAGCCUGAAAUGAAAAGUGUUACCUGUGCUGAAGAUACCAUCCCUCCGAUUAACGGCUGGAGACAGUGCUGAGCGAGAGAUGGGAGAUUAACGGGGACUAAUUCCCCUAAGUUUGUUAGUGAAGGACGACCUGACCCUGCUGGUCUUAGUGCGUAGUGCCCGAGCACAGAUCACCGCUUCUCCUUCCUGGUCUGGGCGAAGGCGGUUUCCACACCAUGCAACCGCAGCUCGACCCAGCGAAUCAGUCACACUGGAGCCACUAGCACAAUAGCCAACAAAAAAACCUUGUGGUCUUGAAAAUCUAUUUUUAGCAACGAUGCUGGUAAAGAGCUUCAAUUAUUUCUGCAGAAAGUGCUCUAGCCAAAAAUGUGCUGAUAUUCUGUACAUGCUGCCUCUACUGAGCGGCGCACUCAAAAGACUGUGAGCUGAAAAUUUGUUGUUGACAGUGUGACUAACAUAUUUUAUUACUGGGCAAAGGCUGCUUUUGAUUCUGAAUGAUGAAUUAUUUUCACCCAAGGCAUGUAUAAGACUGGGACAGUAGCCGAAGCCUAGAGUGGAACUGGGCCUUGAGACCUGAUGGUCUGCAAACCUAGCUUGAUUACUGCCUCUCCACGCGGCCUACCGUGUCCAGCACUGCGCCGCGGCAUCCAGGUGAGAGCACACCUCUGGGCCCGCACAGAUAGAGGCCUCCCAGGGAGCCGUGUAGCUGACCAAUGAGGAGACAGCCGGUAAGAGGCUUUCACUGAGCGGCCUGGUGAACGGGAGUCAAUAAGACAACCCCUUAAAAGAGCGCUUUGUGCUAUCUCAGUUUUGCAGGGCGUAUUGAAGCUAAACGCAUGCAGAGGUUUCGCUGACGAUUACUGGAUGGCUUUUCCGCCGCAGACCUUAUGUUCCGGUUGGACAUCGGUGUUCAGAGAUAAAUGCAGGCAGGGGUAGGCACUAACGGUCAUUGUUGUGUGAAAAUGCUAAGACCCACUGCUUAAAGAUAAGAUCCACUUUAAUUGAAUGUUCACAGCAUCCGGUCUUUAUUCAAGCCCUACAGCUACCAGAAUUUUUUUUUUAAACAUAAAAUGAAAUAACAAAAUUCACACAAUCAACACACUUGUCAUCAAUUUACACCAAAGUUUAGUGUUAUUUUUGUUGGAUCAUUUUUAAAAUACUUUUUAAAAUUAUUUUUCGGGGAAUCUUUAGCAGUGUCUUCAAGCUCUCAAGCAGUACAUAAGGAAUGGCUCCUAAAAGUGUCCUGCUGGUACAUGUAAAAAGGUGGCUACUCCCUCCACGGGGAGAGAAUGUGUGUGCAUACUUAUUGGCCAAACCGUAUUGGUGGCCAUGGUUCCAACUGGUUGAGAAUUCAGGGUGCCUUGGUACUUGGCUCAGUUAUCUUGGAACCGAUUGGUUGAUGAAUCAGGGUGGUCUUGUUGGUCUCGGUACCGAUUGGUCAAGCUUUCAGAGUGGCCUCACUGAUCUUGGUACUGAUUGGUCAGUGUUUGGACCCAUAGGAUUCCACUGGUCUCACUGCCGUUUGGGGCGGGGAUCGGGCUUGUAUUUUAGCAGCAGGAUCAAAGAGGCAAAGCCAAACAGGAAGGUCUGCAGGAACCACAGGGCUCGAGUCGUCAGACUGUCCACUCCUUUAUCACUGUGGAGAUGCAAACAGGAAACAGUCACUAUCUCUAUGCUCCCUACCACCAAAAACAAAAACUGCUGCAGAAAACUAGAUUACUACUCUCCCAUGCCCCCCUGUGGUACAAACUAAAUUAGUUUUUGAUUAAUUUAUCCUUCUGAAUGGCUUGGAGUCCUUUUUACCCAAUUAAUAACAAUUCAUUUAAAAAAACAGGUUUUUCUUCAACGUACACAAGUUGACCCCCACAGCCACCUCUGACAACUGAAGCAUAAAACCAAUGUAACUUUUCAUAAUUAGAUACAUAUAAAUGCAGUACAUGUACUACAGUAGCAGGUUUGUGUAAGGCCGUUCAUCUUGUCAAAGUAAUUCACUUCAUUUAAUCAUUAUUUCAUUUUGCUUCUGAAGAUGACUGAUACCAGAUGCAUCUGCAUUCUAUUCACAACUUCACUGUGAGAACAACAUCUGUGGUCACUGUGGCCAACCCCAGACAGACAGGAAACUGGGGGCUGCUCAGUAGCCUACAGGCUUGGGGCAGUGGGGUGCAGCGCGCCAUAAUGAGCGGCUUGCUCCGGAAUGGGAGCCUUACCUGCAGACCUUCAGGCUGUAGAGGGCUUCAGCCACAUGCACGAGCCAGGCCAUCCACCAGCUGCAACAUAGGACAGCAGCAGUCAAACCCCAGGCUUAUGGAUCCUUUAUGACAUCAUAACGCCACCCUCCCAUUCAGGGUAGCUCGCCACAUUCCAAAUGUUCCCAACAUUCCACCAGCUUUGUCUUGGUUUUAAACAUGAACUGUAAAAAAUGAACGGAAUGCUUUGCUACCAUUCAGUCAGACCAUAAUCCAUGUUAUCAUCGGGACACUUCAAAUGUGAUAAGUAGAGGAAAGGUCACUCUAACUAAUGUUAACAUCUAAAAUCUAACAAAUUACAGUAAGUAGGACAGUUCUAUUGUUGUAGAGCCUGGGAGUGUGGCACUGGUGUGGCACUGUGUCCCUGAAUUCUGACAUCAAAAAAAGGGGCCCGUACUGAAGACAGUCCUCUUUGGUGAAAAAGAAUAGCCUAUGUAGAGAUAUGACAUGUGAUUAUUGUACACACAUAUGCACACACAUAGGCUACCCAAUGCAGCGUGGUAUGAUUUUUAAGACAGGCACUCACCCAGUGUACAGGAGAGGGUAGUGAUUUUCAAGCAGGUAUUUGGACAGUGAUCCCAGGGGACCCAGCAUGUCAAAGGGUAUCUGCUCUGGCCAAAACACUGUGCACUAGAACACACACCCCCCCACACACACACACACACACACACCAUCAGCUCUGUACAAUGCCUACAGAAACACCCAUACAAAGGCAAACAUGCAGCGAAAAGCUCCAGCACAAACUGUCUGACACUUAUUCAACAGAUAAACCUUUAUCCGACAAGAUAAGCGAGGAGACUUGAGUCGACAUUCUGAUAUGCGCAGAUCCUUCAGCGGGGAAAAUAAUCUCUUCUGAUUAGUACAACACUCCACAAUCUUCAGGACGCUGAAUGCACAGAUGGCCCAAGGCAGUUAUCACAGUGCCUUCAUACUAGCAGGGGAUUACUGAACCUGGCUCACUAUAACUGCAGAUCUUUAACAAUGUAGCUAUGUGAUCAAUGUCCACAGAUCAAUCAGAGAUCAAAGUCUAGCCUACUUAUAUUCAGCAUGGACACAGUUCCAGUCAAAUACCACCUGAGGUAAACUCCCUGUGCUUGCACACCAACCACUGAAAUCCCUUCAGCAAUUUUCUGUUGCAAGAUGAGGAGACUAGUAAAAUGUUCAGGGAUUUUAAGCUCCAUGUGAUGCAGCUGUGCUACAAUGUACUGAUUUCUUUCAUUUCAGACUCAUUUCCACACAUUAAUCUUGAAGAAAACAACUUGCUAUGCAAGUGAACAGAAGGACACAACAGUGCUAAAUAAGAUCACAAAAGUUACACCGCCACACUUUUGCUUAUUCCCAAUAUUUGAAAAAAAAAAAAACCUUGAGCUUGAAUUUCGUGAGAAAAAAAAAAGAUUUCGUUGUCUAUAGAGACAUAAAGAUUCAGCGCAGACACAUAUUAAACGUGAAAAAUUCUCAUUCUAUGAAAUGUAGCCUAUACAUUCCAAUUUAGGAUAAAUGGGAUAUCACGGCUUGAAAAGUUGUACAAGAACAAAAACUGUAAUCGUCUGUCACGUGUACAUUUCAUUUUAUUUAAAAAAAAGAAAGAAAAUGACUGGUUUUAUUUCUGACAUUUUCGACUUGCCAUUUUACCUUUCUGUGUUACAACCUGUUAAAAAUCUACAAAUAAUGUGCAUUUGAAGCCUAGUCUACUGUUACUCCAUGCACUAUAUUUGAAUGGACCUGCCAUAAUAAAACAGUCAGCUAGAAAAUACAAUGGCGAUCCGACUAUGUGUGAUACGCUACGUGUUGAUGUAUACUUUUGGAAUCCGAUCAUGUCACAGUUUUUAUUUAUUUAUUUAAUUAAUCUUCAUAAAAUUAGCUACAGUAACGUGCUGGCUGGCGUUGUACGAUGGGGCUCGCGCCAGCCGGAACCUGUUUGUGGUGACACAAGUUAGCUUACGAAGGCAACAAACCAAAGCAAGCACACACUCUAAAGACACUAAACAACUCAAAAUGCGUUCUAACUUUACGAUGGUCCAACGAUCUUACCGUGUAAUAUCCCAUGGAGAAAAAGAUUACUGAAAUCCAAAAUAGACUUGGAUUCUUGAAAUACGCACAUGCAUCAGUCCUCGCCAUGGUUAU